AUGUCAUCUGUCGAGGAAUCUCUUUUCAUCUCUCAGUUCUUGGCCGCCUACGGAAGCCAAGAGACAAAGUUCCCUUCAACCUAUGUCCCAUCAGGACUUGCACCUAGCUGGACCUCCAAGCGUGCUGUGUUCGAGAGACCUGCCAAGCCCGUCAAGGGAGAUGUCAUUGAAGGAGACAUUGAAGUGACUAUCAAGGCGCUCAAAUCAGGAGAGUGGACUGUGACCGUGGCAGCUCAGGGAACCAUUGCCAACCUCAAGGAGGCCUUGCAGGCCAAGGCAGGCAUUGAUGCGGGAGCACAGAGAUUGGUCCUCAAGGGCAAGGCCCUGGUUGACAACAAGCAUUUGAGCGAGUAUGGCAUCACCACAGGAUCGGUCGUCCACUUGUUCGCUAAGGCAGGUGCCACACUCACACCCACUGCCACCACUCCCCCUGCAUCGGCCUCGUCCGCUUCCACCCCAGUCUCAGAGUCAACAAUUGCAGCAGGAGUGGCAGGAGCAGCCGCGGCAGCAAAGGUACCACAGAGCACGAAACCUGCGGUGACUUCGUAUCGUGGUUUGUCUGAGGCGGGCACGGAGAUUGUCAAGGAUGCAGAGUUUUGGUAUUGGCUCAAUGAGCAGUUGAAGGAGCGAUUGGGGUCGAAGGAAGACGCGUCGAUUAUGAUCAAGGGCUUUAUUGGCCAGUAUCGUGACUUGAUUGGAAAUGCAGGCACGAAGGAUAUCGAGAACGAGAUCAAGAAGUAG